GGGUAUAUGAUUCUUCCUGUUUAUUAUCAUAGAGAAGUCAAUGAUCCUCUUCAGUAUGUAAAGAGAGCUAAAGCUAUGAUUGACAAGAAGAAGCUUUCUUUGGAAGCACACUUCUCAUACAGGCUUGGAGCAUUAGCAUUGUCCCUUUUGGGCCCAAAGGUAGCGGUGUAUCUCAACAACAGGAUUAUCUGUAAUACUACAUUCACAAUGUCGAAUGUUCUUGGGCCACAAGAGGAGAUUAUGGUGGCUGGGAAUCCUAUCACUUACAUUUGGGUGAAUAUGUCUGCCUCGGCUCAUGUAAAGCUUCCAACAUGUUUGCUCUUCUUUACAUUCCUUCUGUUUUACAAAUUUAUAUAG